GUCAAAAUCAAGCGAAAAGAAUUUGUUGUUUAUCGGUCUACUUACCUUCGCUGUUUGCAUUGUAGCAUUUUAAGCAGAUAAGUGAUUUUUGCCGUUCUGAGUAGUAGAAAGCAAGCAGUAAAAAAUGUCCUCAGGAACACCGGUGAACGCGGUUGACUUGCUGCAGCAGGCGCUACAUUCCAACAUUAUUCCCAACCAGGAGUUUCUACUGCAGGGAUCAAUUUUAGACUCGGCGGCAGAGCAUUUACUGCAUCGAUUACGAGGCCUUUGUGAUAAUGUCGAUACACCACCAGAAACAUUCACCGAUUAUGAAAUGUGUCUCAGUCUUAAGGUUCCCAAUGAGAAGAUCCCCGUAAUGAUUCUGCGGGUUCGCAAAGCCCAGGACGUUGACGCACCCUACCAGCUGCGUUACAUCGGCCAACCGGAGUUAGGAGAUCGUACCCGGCCCACUCUGGUGCGCAGCAGCUUGGACAUUGCAUGCACUCCUCACGUGGUCGAUUUCCUCACGGAGAUGGGAUUCCGGGUAGAUUUCGAGUACAUUACUAGAGGGUACAUGUUUCGCAAGGGUCGCAUGAAGGUAACUGUUUCGAAGAUUCUGAAAGUUAACAGUUCGGAACCGAUCUCACAAAGCUACCUGGUAGAGUUGUCCGUGCUGGCUCCCACCGGUCAGGAUGCAAUCGCAGAGGACAUGCGGAUUUUUGCCGAGCAGCUUAAACCUCUGGUCCAGUUGGAGAAAAUUGACUACAAGCGGUUUGCCCAAAUGCCCUAAUUUUUCGUUGGCAGUAUGUAUUUCUUCAUUGAUAAUAAAACAGUUGAAAAAACAAAA